CAAAUGAAUUAUUUAUUGUCAACAGUGACCUGUCGAAUGGUAAUAUUACUCAUAUUCCUGAAGGAUCUUUCAGUGGAUUUACUAAUCUAAUAACGCUGAAUUUAAGUGGAAACCAUUUAACUUCGUGGGACACCAUCAGCCUUCAAGAAGAGGCACCGUCCUUGCAAUAUCUUGAUGUAAAAGACAACGAUGGUUGGACACCAGACGCCAUCUUGCUUGGCAGCGUCAAAACCCUUAAGGAGGUCAAAGGUGUUAGAUGGAGUGAAGACUGUAGUGAUUGUACCCUUAAAAAAGUCAAAAACGAAACWCUCCUCGCUGACUUCAAGGAGGAAGAAAAGUCCGAGUGGGUGGAAGGCUACGCAUGUCGGGCCAAGAUAACAAAGUACAGCGCGAAAAUCCAGCUGUUUGCAAAGUUCAACUUUAUUGCGGAUUGCUUCAAAGAAGACUCCAAGUGUUACAACAAUGACGUCAUAGUUAAAUCGUCAGCGCCUUGCCGUGACAUCAACAUACGGGUACUAGCCUUGGAGUACCUAUUUGGACCAAUCGCAAUCUUUUUGAAUCUAGUGGUUGUCUUGACAACAGCGUUUUCAGAGCGCCUGCGCAGGAACAUUGCGAUGGUCCUGGUGUCGAAUCUUGCUUUUGGAGAUCUGUUAAACGGCGUGUAUUCGGUGAUCAUCGCUGUUGUCCAUCACGUGUUCAACUACGAAGAAACACGUGCGUUUGCUGACUCUARGUGUGAUUUCAUUGGUCCAAUGUGGAUGAUUGGGCAAGCCAUUGCGGUCAGCUGUUCUCUAGUGUUAACAUAUGAAAGAUAUCGUUCCGUCGUCAACUCGGUGAAAGUUAAAUCUAGGAUGAAAAUGAAGACUGCACGUAUUGCUAUUAUGAUGUGCUGGUUUUGGUCGAUUCUAGUGGCUGCACUUCCUAUCUUAGGAGUUGGAAUGUAUUCAAUAGGAACAUUCUGUGUACCUAUUUACCCCGUUAAAUCCAUCCCACAUCAAUUCUGGUACAGUAUUGUAGUGACUUUAUCCGCUUGUCUAAUGUACUUAGCUACCCUACCCCUCUACGUAAGGUUAUACCUCUAUGUGAAGAAAUCAAGCAAUCGUAUUGGAAGUACAACAGAUGUAGCRUUGGCGAAGCGKAUUUUCGUCCUCGUUAUUAGCAACAUGUUUUUCUUCUUGCUACCGAUCGCCAUAUCACUAGCUUGGUCCAUAUUAAGUCGUAAGCAGGCAAUGUCACGAGUCGUAGCCGAGGUCUUAACUUCAUCAUUUUGCGCAAUCUGUUUAACRGUGAACAGCUGUCUCAAYCCGAUCCUAUAUGCUUUAAGRAAUAAAACAUUUAUCAAAGAAUUAAAGAAAAUGCUGUCCAAGAAAGCCUGCUGUGGAGGCAUAUGCGGUGGGGGCGAUAAUGGCUACAGUAUUGAUAAAACAAGCAGAAGUGGUUCGUCUAUUCGCGCCAGUAAUUACCACGUUCAAAAGACUUCAGUUUAAAUCGAUUGCAUCUUCUUGGACACGACUGUAAGCUCAACCGGAGUCAAAGUUUGCUUACGAAAAGUUUCUCUGGUGUUUACAAUCGAGCUAUUUCGUCGACUACAGCGUCUUUGCCAUCGACUGGAGUCAAAGUUUGAAGACAACAAGUUUCACCGCCGAUGUUUAGAAUUAAUUAUAAAGAUUAUAAAGAAGAUUUUAAGAAGCAAUGAUGGGAAUCGUUGUGAAGCCUUUUAAAACUACCUUUGAGUCGAUUGAUUGGCAACAUGCUUUAUCAAGCAUUGUAGUGUGAAUCGGCACAAGGUUUCCAACUUGCCAUCACAAAAGACGGUGCGAUCUAUAUAUCUAUAUAGAGGGUUGAUUGCACGAGAAGAAAAUGGCUGAGUUUCAGUACCAGGCUGCUAUCAUUAUGAAAGACAACUUUUGUCUUCAACGUUCUGAACAUUGGUUUUGAAUCCUUUUUAAUUGCUAAACGGGAUCAGGAAAACGCAAAUCAUCACAUGACCAUGCUAAUUUAAGCAAAUAAAGUCGAAUAUACUGAGAGAGAAAAGUAGUAGAAAUAUGUAAUGUUUAUAGCAUUAAAUGCCCAAAAUAAUCAUCAAAGUAAUAUAUUUCAAUACGUUGACUCGUUAUGUUAUAUUAGUAAUUCAUGACUAUUAUCCAAUCAGGUGGUACAAGAGGAUUAUAAUAGAGUUGAAACGAUARGGUGUGGCCAGGAAUUAAGUUAACAUGUUGUAUAUAGAAAACCAUUAUUAACGUCCAUAACAAAAUGAUUUCGAUUUUUCUAAGUGAUGUUGUUGGAUCUUAAAUAUGAAUAUGUUUGCGUCCGGCCUCCUUUUUACAUUUAUGAUUGAGUUCUCCUUGUGUUAAGGUGUGGCCAAUCAAAAUAACAUGAUUAAGCGACCAUCCUUUCUUAAACGGCCACCUAAACCUCUAAUAUACGGCCACUUUAGAUUGACGUACGAGGAAGGCCACUCAGGUGUAGAUAUAUUUGAAUUUUGCGUAGCUGUAGUAAGUGGUUUCUUCCCCAAUCGCUCAUAUUCAUUGUUGCAACUUCCAUAUCGAUCGGAAAUACGUAGAACGCAUAUAUUAAGAAAAAAAUUACAAUAAAAGUAAUAUAUAAACAAAGCUACUCCACUUGUAAAUAUCUAUACUUGCUAAUAAUUUAAUAUAUAGAAUAUACUAAUAUAAAUCUAAUAUAUUAAUAAACUGUUGUGAAUAAAGGUAAGACGUUUGAUGUUGAUUGUAUGUGUUCCUCCCUAAAUCGAGAAA